AUGGUCCUUGUAAUAAAACUGUUGCUUUUCACCUGUAUCUGGCCGACAGCUCUUUUAAUCAGUCACAGUGAUCAUCACCACCAUUACCACCACCAUCAUCCUCAAAGGUCAUUCAUGAAAAGGCAUAACAGCAAACGAGAACUUAGGAUGAGGAAACUGGACAGCACCAAAGUGCGGCCCAUGAAAUCAGAACAGCUUCUACGCAUAGAGGACCAUGAUUUUGCACUGAGACCUAGCUUUGGAGGGUCACCAAUACCAGUGGGCAUUGACGUACAAAUUGAAAGUAUUGACAGCAUUUCAGAAGUUGACAUGGAUUUCACAAUGACUUUAUAUCUCAGACACUACUGGAAGGAUGAGAGACUUUCAUUUCCUAGUACCCGAAACAAAAGUAUGACCUUCGAUGGAAGACUUAUAAAAAAGAUCUGGGUACCCGAUAUAUUUUUUGUGCACUCCAAAAGAUCAUUCAUCCAUGACACAACUGUAGAGAAUGUAAUGUUACGUGUCUACCCAGAUGGCAAUGUACUCUUCAGUUUGCGGAUAACAGUUUCAGCUAUGUGCUUCAUGGACUUCACUAGGUUCCCACUUGACACUCAGAACUGCUCCCUAGAAUUGGAAAGCUAUGCAUACAAUGAAGAAGACUUGAUGCUGUAUUGGAAGCAUGGCAAUGAAUCCCUCAGCACAGAUGAGCACAUCUCACUUUCCCAGUUCUUCAUUGAAGAGUUCAGUGCAUCUAGUGGACUUGCAUUCUACAGCAGCACAGGUUGGUACAAUAGACUUUUUAUAAAUUUUGGCCUAAGGAGGCAUAUUUUCUUUUUUGUUCUACAAUCCUAUUUCCCAUCGAUGCUGAUGGUGAUGCUGUCUUGGGUUUCAUUUUGGAUUGACCGAAGAGCUGUUCCUGCUAGAGUAUCAUUAGGUAUAACUACUGUGCUGACAAUGUCAACCAUAAUCACAGGAGUAAGUGCCUCAAUGCCUCAGGUGUCUUACAUAAAAGCUGUGGAUAUAUACUUAUGGAUCAGUUUCCUCUUUGUCUUCCUGUCUGUCAUUGAAUAUGCAGCUGUAAAUUAUCUCACCACAGUAGAAGAACGAAAACAGCUGAAAAAGAAAGGGAAGGCUGCUGGAACAUAUAACAUUGAUGCAGUGCAAGCAAUGGCAUUUGAUGGCUGCUAUCAUGACACAGACACCGAUAUUGACCUGACCACCUAUUCAGUCCAUUCGGAAGAGAGUUCAACACGAGGGAGAACACCCAGUAUCACCAACCUAGAUGAACCUCGCAUAAAGAGGAAAAGAUCCUUGAAAGGGAAUGUGGGCAGAAUUAUUCUGCAGAACAAUCAUGUCAUUGAUACAUAUUCCAGGAUUAUAUUUCCUAUUGUAUACAUCAUAUUCAAUUUUUUUUACUGGGGUUUGUAUAUAUGA